ACAUAAACCAUCACUAAACAACAUAAUCCCACAUUUCUACUUACCUCUAGUGUUGUUGAAAAUCAUUUGGUUGCUUACAUGGCACAAGCAAUGGCAUCGAUGGCUGGUUUACGUGGCUCCUCACAGGUUGUGCUCGAAGGCAGCCUCCAUCACGGUGGCCGUACCCGGUUGAACACUGCUGGUAACAACCGAGUGGCUGUGGCUAGGCCUGGUUUCACCGUCAGAGCCCAACAGGCACCUGCCGAGACUGAAACUGGACGAAGAGCCAUGCUGGGUCUUGUUGCUGCUGGUUUGGCAACUGGCUCCUUUGUUCAAGCUGUGCUUGCAGAUGCUCGAAGCAUCAAGGUUGGCCCUCCUCCCCCACCCUCUGGUGGAUUGCCCGGAACUCUGAAUUCCGAUGAGCCGAGAGACCUCGAUUUGGCGUACAAAGAUCGGUUCUUCAUCCAACCACUCACUCCUGCUCAGGCAGCUCAGAGGGCAAAGGAAUCAGCCAAGGACAUUCUUGGUGUCAAGAGCUUGAUUGACAAAAAGGCAUGGCCCUAUGUCAUGAACGAUCUUCGGCUCAAGGCCGAGUAUCUCCGCUACGACCUUAAAACCGUUAUCUCCUCCAAGCCCAAAGAUGAGAAGAAGUCUCUCAAUGAACUCACAAAGAAGCUCUUCAACACCAUUGACGGACUUGACCAUGCAGCCAAGAUCAAGAGCACACCCGAAGCAGAGAAGUACUAUGCUGAGACUGCAUCAGCUUUGAACGAUGUCAUUGCCAAGCUUGGCUAAACACAAAUUGUUGUAUUUUGAUGUAAGCAUUGUUUAUCGUUUGUAGAGACACAUUCUCAGUUUUCU